GUGACCAUCACUCGUUGAUUUUUCUCCACUAAUCAUAAAGAUAUCGGCACCCUUUAUUUAAUCUUUGGUGCCUGAGCCGGAAUGGUAGGCACAGCCUUAAGCCUCCUGAUCCGAGCAGAAUUAAGUCAGCCCGGGUCUCUUCUAGGUGACGACCAAAUCUACAAUGUCAUCGUUACAGCACAUGCCUUUGUUAUAAUUUUCUUUAUAGUAAUACCAAUCAUAAUUGGCGGUUUCGGAAAUUGACUAGUACCCCUCAUAAUCGGAGCACCUGAUAUAGCUUUUCCCCGAAUAAACAACAUAAGCUUUUGACUUCUACCCCCCUCCUUCCUUCUUCUAUUAGCCUCCUCAGGGGUUGAAGCAGGCGCAGGGACAGGCUGGACAGUCUAUCCCCCCUUAGCAGGAAACAUAGCUCAUGCAGGAGCCUCUGUAGACCUAACAAUCUUCUCCCUCCAUUUGGCAGGUGUUUCUUCAAUUCUAGGGGCCAUUAACUUUAUCACAACUAUUAUUAAUAUAAAACCACCAGCUAUUUCACAAUAUCAAACCCCUUUAUUCGUUUGAGCCGUCUUAAUCACGGCUGUACUACUUCUACUUUCACUGCCUGUCUUGGCCGCAGGUAUUACAAUACUACUCACAGAUCGAAAUUUAAAUACGACUUUCAUUGACCCAGCUGGAGGAGGAGAUCCAAUUCUUUAUCAACAUUUAUUUUGAUUUUUUGGUCACCCAGAAGUUUACAUUCUAAUUCUACCAGGUUUUGGCAUAAUUUCUCAUAUUGUAGCCUACUAUUCAGGUAAAAAAGAACCUUUUGGCUACAUGGGUAUAGUCUGAGCAAUGAUAGCAAUCGGCUUACUCGGCUUUAUUGUUUGGGCUCACCACAUAUUUACCGUUGGUAUAGACGUGGACACCCGAGCUUACUUUACAUCUGCAACCAUAAUCAUCGCUAUUCCCACAGGGGUGAAAGUAUUCAGUUGAUUAGCUACCCUUCAUGGAGGCGCAAUUAAAUGAGAAACACCCUUACUUUGGGCUCUUGGUUUUAUUUUCUUGUUUACAGUAGGCGGCCUAACGGGGAUUGUUCUAGCCAACUCAUCUCUUGAUAUUGUUCUUCAUGACACCUACUAUGUAGUAGCACACUUCCACUAUGUCUUAUCAAUAGGGGCAGUAUUUGCCAUCAUUGCCGCAUUUAUUCACUGAUUCCCCUUAUUUUCAGGCUACACGCUUCAUGAAACAUGAGCUAAAAUCCACUUUGGUGUAAUAUUUUUAGGAGUAAACCUUACAUUCUUCCCACAGCAUUUCCUAGGCUUAGCAGGAAUACCUCGACGCUAUUCAGACUACCCAGAUGCCUACACAGUUUGAAAUACUGUUUCUUCUAUAGGCUCCUUAAUCUCUUUAAUUGCCAUAAUCAUAUUCCUAUUUAUUAUCUGAGAAGCAUUUUCAUCAAAACGUGAAGUUCUUUCAGUAGAAUUAACUCAGACAAAUGUUGAAUGGCUUCAUGGCUGUCCUCCUCCUUAUCACACUUUUGAAGAACCUGCAUCUGUUCGAUGCAAUUAA